UGCUCCGUUCGGCGCGCGUAUCUACAUUGUCAGCCACGAGAGGUCCCGUGUCUCGCGAUACUUUCCCGACGGCUCUGUUUUUUCACUCUCUCUCCAAAAUGGCGGUACCGGAGGCUGCUCCUGCUAGGGCAUCGGCUGAGACCUGGCUCCGUACUCGGGACGUGCUUAUGGAGGAAGGGCCGGAAGACUUCGGGUCGUUGCUGUUGUCGGCCCCGGUACUGGAGGGACUGAAAGCUGCCGGGUUCCUGAGGCCUUCUCCGGUGCAGCUCAAAGCCAUCCCGCUGGGGCGCUGCGGCCUGGAUCUCAUUGUGCAAGCAAAAUCUGGCACUGGUAAAACAUGUGUUUUCUCUACUAUUGCACUUGAUUCCCUUAUAUUAGAAAGCCCAGUUACGCAGAUUUUGGCCUUGGCUCCUACCCGUGAGAUUGCUGUACAGAUUCAUGCAGUUAUUACCAGUAUUGGGAUCAAAAUGGAAGGUUUGGAAUGUCAUGUUUUCAUCGGAGGGACCCCUUUAAGCCAAGAUAAAAUGAGGCUGAAAAAAUGUCACAUAGCAGUUGGCUCUCCUGGGCGCAUAAAGCAACUCAUAGAGCUGGACUAUCUGAAGACAGCCAGUAUUCGCCUCUUUAUUCUUGAUGAGGCAGACAAGCUUCUGGAAGAAGGCAGUUUCCAGGAUCAAGUCAAUUGGAUUUAUUCUUCUCUACCAGCCAACAAACAAAUGUUGGCUGUUUCAGCUACCUAUCCUGAAUCCUUGGCUAAUUCUUUGUCUAGAUACAUGAGAGAUCCCACCUUUGUGAGGUUGAAUCCCACUAACCCAAGUCUCAUUGGGUUGAAGCAAUACUUCAGAGUUGUGAAUUCUCACCCGUUACCUCAUAAGACUUUUGAGGAGAAGGCUGAGCAUUUACAGGAGCUGUUCAGCAAGAUUCCUUUCAACCAGGCCCUGGUCUUCUCGAAUCUACAUAGCCGAGCUCAACACCUAGCAGAUUUGCUGACAUCCAAAGGUUUUCCUGCUGAAUGCAUUUCAGGCAAUAUGAAUCAGAACCAACGACUUGAUGCCAUGGCUAAACUCAAGCAGUUUCAUUGCAGAGUCUUGAUUUCAACUGAUUUAACUUCCCGUGGAAUUGAUGCUGAGAAGGUGAAUCUAGUCAUUAACUUAGAUGUGCCUUUGGACUGGGAAACAUACAUGCAUCGAAUUGGCAGAGCUGGGCGCUUUGGAACUUUAGGGCUAGCAGUGACAUAUUGCUGCCGUGGGGAAGAAGAAAACAUGAUGAUGAAAAUUGCACAGAAGUGUAACCUUCGGCUUCUUCCUUUACCAGAACCUAUACCUCCUGGGCUCAUGGAACAAUUUGAAGACUGGGAUGUAGAAGUCACUGCUGUCCCAUAUCCCAAUGCUUCACUGCAUGCAUCUUUGUUGCCAGCUAAGACACCAGAGGGGACCAUGCAGCAUACAACAGUAAGCAUCAGUGCUCCUAUUAUUGGUGAAAAUACUCGUGCAGCCAAGCCAAAACAAACAUUCAAACAAAAGCAGUUGCUUAAAACCAAAAAGGAGCAUACAAAAUUAAAAAUAACCAGGAAUCCACAGUCUUCUCAUAGUAUCACCCAGCAGAAGCGUCAGAUAGAACUUGAUCUUCAGACUGCUGGGCAGCAUAAUGAAGAGGUGGACAGGGAAACUUUGCAAAACAUGCUUCCCAAGAUCCCUUGCUUGUCAUCUUAUAAGGACCAGCAGUCCACCAAUCUAUGGAGCAUGGCAGAGUUUGUUGAAGAUUAUGAAUACUUCAUUAAGGAAGGCUCUGAGAGAGAUGUGGAAAUAAUCAGAAGCUAUACAGGUCCAGGAGAGCAGCAUCAGCAUCUAGAAAGUAAUGCCAAUAGAAUUUGGACAGGAACAGAAUCCAGCUCACAUGCUGCAACAGCUCAUGAGUCAACUGGAGAGUCUGAUAGCGAUAGUAGCUCUUACAGCUCUGGGUCAUGCACCUCUAGCUGUGAGGAUCAGUCAUAUAGCAAAGUCUUUUCAGACACACAACAAAAAGACAGUGGUGUGCUGUCAUCAGAUCAGACUGUUCAGAAAUGUGCGUCACAGUUUGGUGGUGUCCCUGAACCAUCACAGUUCCAAGGGAAUCCUCAGCCCCAGAAGAUGAUGAAAUGGAAUGUAAAACAGUGGAAGGAAAGCCACUACCCUCGCACUACCAAGCCCUCCAAAACAGAGAUUGUACAAAGUGCAUCUGAAGAUAAAAGUGCUCCUUUCCAUCAGUGUGAGGAUCAGAGUUCUGAAGAAUACUGGAGAGCAUAUUACUGUGCAUGGCGGGACUAUUAUGCACAAGCUUCUCAUUCAUGCUACCAAACGUAUCGGAGACCACUGAACUUGCUAAAUGUUUAUCAUGCCAAUGCAGUCUAUUUGGAAGAGUUGCUGAGGGCUCACAGAUAAUGGGAAUUUCUUCCACCUAAACAUAUUAGUAGAAUCUUAGAUCACUUGUCUGCUUCUGUUCAUGCUCUUCUUACAUAUUCUUUUAUUUCAUGUACGUGCUGUUUUGUAUACUUUCCAAAAGGUGAAAUGCUGCAACAGUGUUGCUAAUA